AUGAUCUUUUUUUUAAUUAAUGUUCUAGUCGCUUCUAACGCCACUAGUACAGCUUCUGCCUCUUGUAAACUUGUUUCCAAUAUAGCUGAUAAUGAUGAUAUUUGUGCGGGCACAAGAUUACUUUCUUCUCGGCCACGCCAACUCAGUUUACAGUCCACUGAACAGGCUGGGAUGCCUUGCUACCAUAAAACUCAGCUGUCUGCCUGUCGUGAUAGUGAAUGCCUUCGUCCGACACAAAUAACAACUCCUUUCGGAGGUAGCCGAGGUAUAAAACUAGGAGGAAAUGUUACGCAUAGAGGCAGCAGAAGACAUUCAACCCGAUUGCUGGAUGCAGACGCGCAGCUAAAUACGAUCGCAUAUGAUUUGCUUGACCCUAUAGAGACGGCGCUUUCUGCCAUGGAGGCAAGUUUAACUCGCCUGGAGGCCAGUUUUAUGGAGUUGGGCGAAGAUCAACUACCUAGUGAAUGUGAAGAGGAAGAACUGCAAGACGUGAUUGCAAACGAAUCAGAAAGAUUCAAAGGUAAAGGAUUGGGCGCCUUGGGUAGGUCAAAUCGACCUCAUGAUAUUACAAGACGAGAACUGCUAUCUCGGCCAUCCAAUACUGAACAUGCUAUCCCUGAAACCGGCAUAUUAGCAUGCGACGACUUGGAGCAGCUAUACAAGCAACGACAACAGACAGAGGAAGAAGAGGCUAGUGAUGAUUUCGAGUUGACGGAAUCAGGAAUAGCCUUCUCUGCAUCAACCACCGAUGUGAGGUUGUCAGAUCGAGUUGCAAUAUCCAGCCUAACAUCCGACGAUAUUGAUUUCAAUUGUUCUCGUAAUGAGCAAAGUGAAGCGGGCCUUCGAAAUGGUAUACCAUUUAUACCCACAAGAGGUGCUCACUUCUCGGCAUCAGCUCUGGCAACAAAGCAACGUCGGCGAACUGGUUCCUACUCAUCUCAAUCGUCUGUAUCCUCCAUUGCCUCAACGUGCUUCUCGGCUUCGUCGUCUUCGACUUCUGUCGUUCUAGAUAAUACUCCCACAGGUAUUGUAACCUCCUUCCCAGCCACACAGGUAGCUGGCUGUAGUCAUCUUGCUCCCGCCGUCAAUACGAAGGUCGAUUUAUGUUGCAAUGAAAUUCAUUUUGCACCUGACCAUGGAAGUGAAUUCACACGUUUGAUGUCCCCUGUAAAUACUCCUUCAUCGCCUUUGCAACAGCGGGCAAAUUUACCCCAGACUGGCCUCUGGAAACGCCGACGAAAAAGUCGACCAAUGGUCACUCAUCUGGAUCCUAGUCUACUAGACCAUGGGACUGAUUCAGACUCAGAUUCCUCCUUGCUGGCUUCGUCUGCAGUUACAGGUGGUUUAAAGUCCGAAGAAAACCUGCCGCAUCCUCGUCGUCCU